AUGGUUCUACGUAAAAGUCCUAUUUGUGGUUUCGUAUUCGUGUUAUUACUUUUUCUAAGUAGUUUCUUGGGAACACUAUUCAUUAUUUCACCGUUAUUGCCUUUGAUGAUCUUUAAGCCGAAAUGGUGGCGAUUUGUGAUAGACGAAGUAAUGGGCAGCUGGAUCACCUAUGCAGUGUCAUUGAUGGAAGUAUUGGCCGGCAUCAAAAUAAGGAUAUCAGGUGACAUGUUUGGUCAAGGAGAAAGUAACCUGAUCAUAAUGAAUCAUCACACAAGACUGGAUUGGAUGUUUCUGUGGAUGUGCCUAAUACGUAGAAGUGAAGUCAAACAGGAGAAAAUCAUCCUGAAGUCUGUUUUAAAACUUAUUCCCGGUGCUGGCUGGGCAAUGCAGACUGCAUGUUAUAUCUUCAUUGAACGGAAAUGGGAAUAUGAUAACAGGACAUUUACAAAACUCCUUGACUACUUCCGAGAAGCCAAGGUUACGAAACCACAGAUUCUCUUGUUUCCUGAAGGAACUGAUUUCACAGCUAAGAACAAAGCCAGAAGUGACGAGUUUGCAUGCCAGAAUGGUCUCCCUCUUUAUGAAUUUGUGCUGCAUCCAAGAACAACUGGAUUCGUUUUCCUUGCAAGUAAAAUGAGAGAAGGUGGCAUGCUUAGUGCAGUAUAUGAUAUUUGUAUCGGCUAUCCACAAACUCGACCUCAGAAUGAAAUGGACAUACUCUACGGGAAAUUUCCGGAAGAUAUCCAUUUCCACAUAAAACGUCAUCCCGUCAUAACCCUUCCGAUCGGAGACAAAGGCUUGCAGGAGUGGUGCGAACUGCGUUGGAGGGACAAGGAGGCCAUGCUGAAGCGCUUCUACGCAGAGAGGCACUUCACGGAGACGGCGGCGGCGUCGAGCGGCCGCGAUCGCGACGUUCGUCUGCUUCUUCGCUUCUGCUUUGUGCUGUGGACAAGCCUGGUGGUGGUGUGGCUGGCCUUCCUUCUGUACUCGUCCGUCGCGCGCUGGUACGCUCUCACUCACUGUGUUCUCUUCUACGCCGUGUACUGGUGGAAUGGUGGGAUGGAACAUCUCGAGAUUUCGAUUUUUAACUGGUGGAAAAGUGUGUGUCAGUGAAAGGUUGCGCGAUUGACAGCAUGUUGAUUGUUUAUUGAGUCUUAACGUGCAAGCACGCGUGAUUGCCUGGGGUAAAUGACUUCGGUACGAAAUGUAUGGAUUAAACCCUUAGUCAAAACAGCAUAGCACAACAGCGAGCACAGUUAGUGAAGAUUGAUAAGGUUCUGAUAUUAUGAGUGAGUUCACAUGCAAUGCGAUGCAAUGCUAGCAUUGAAGUGGAUGUUUGCACUAGGCGUAAUCUCCUUUUCAACUUCUGUAUGCUAGACAUGGUUGGAAAUGGAUAAAUAGAGGCACACAGCAACUAUCUAUUCAUGUAAGACAAUGCGAAGUAUCGGAACAUUAGAAAAUAUAGUGCCUGAAACUUAAUAGGAUUUCUCUAGUGUAUGAUCGAUACAUUUCUAUGCAGCACAUGCAAUAGUUCCGAUACAAGUUUAGUCUCCAAUAUGGACAUGAUAUUAGAUGCAGGAACACAAUUAUUGGUUACCAAUAGAUUUAUCUUGGCUAACGAUAGUUGCAUGUGUGAGUAGGAUCUUUUAUUAUCCAGUGGACAGCCUUUCGGUUGUGAAUUGAUUUCUCCCAGUUAAUUUGUGUGCUAUGUACUGGUGUAUGCGAAUUCGGUUAAUUUUCAUCGAACUAGUCACCAGCAUAACUAGAUAUAUUUUUUAUUAUUUGUGCUACAAAUGAUAAACGACUGGAAAGAGCAGGGAAAAAACUGGGAAGCCGUUUCAAGCCACUCCCACAUAGCUACCCCUAAUUUGUUUUGAUCACCCACAAUAGAUAUUGAAUAUUAUUCGCUGAUACACUUUACAUUUUAUAAAAUGAUUUUAUAUGAUAUUUAUAGAGUCGUGAUAUUUUAAUAGUGAAGGAAGUGAUUUUGUCAGGAGGCUUAAUGCAUGAGUGAUAGACUAUAGAUACAAUAGUCACUUGAGAAAACCUGAUUCCGAAAAAAGCCAUCUUCUGUGUGAGGACUGCUUUAUUAUGUGAAAUGUAGAGUAUUAAAGUGAUGACAAAUUGGAUUAUAAUAGCAAAUGCUCAGUGGCAGCGCUCAUUUAUCACUGUUUCAGACUCUAGAAUAUGUAAUUGCGGUGCAGUAUAAGCAGGUGAAUAUUUCUCCUUUGGUGCCAGUGGCGAAUUACAACUACAGUGCAAGUAGAUUUAUGUUAGCGAUGAUAUGUCACUUGGAUUACCUACGUGAUAUGGGCAUAUAUGACUGGCUUUUCGGUUUCUCAUGUUACAAUUUGUGCCACUUGCGUACUACAGACAGGAUUGCCAAUGUUCCAAUUCGCUACAUAAACUAGCUCAGGAAUAAGUUGUUAAACUAACCUUUUACAAAUUGUAUUAUUGUGAUUAAUAGUGCAUUUCAUUUAACAGCAUUGCCAAUUAUACGUUAAACCCGUUUUGUAGUUUAUUAUGCCAGGAAGGUAACCUGAGAUGUGGAACGUUGGAGAUUGACAUUUUUAUUAUCGUAUUUUUAGAAACUAAUGCUAGCCGCACACUAUCCGAUUUUGCACUGUGCACAGCACGAACGCCCCGCACACUA